UGGGAGUGAAGUCGAUGGAACACUUACUGGCUUUGGCUUGGCAGUUGUUAGAGGAAGUAGAGCCAAGGAUUGCUUUGCACCUUCGCCAUCACGGCUUUUAAAAAAGAAACAGACUCUGUAUGCGCACAAUGGCCGCUUUAUUAGGUACCUCCUGUAAGUGCGUGGCCUUCUGCUGCUGCAGGCCAUCCAGUUCAAUGUUCGACGUGCGGUGGAUUCAGAGAUUUCCAGAACUGUUGGGGAGGGCUUAAACUAAUUUGGCUGGAGGUUGGGAACCAGAAUAAUAAGGAUCAAUAGGGGCAAUUGAUAGAUAAGUAGAGACCACGUGUAAUAAGACUGUGAGGAAGGACAGGAAGAUGAUAGGGCAAAAUUGCAAAAUCAGAAGCGGUAAUGAAAACUGGACCAAAGGAGUUACAUUUGAAUGAGUGUAGUGCAUGGAAUAAGGUAGGUUAUCUUGAGGUGUAGUUAGAGAUUGGCAGGUAUGAAGUUGUGGGCUUCACUGAGUCGUGGCUGAAAGAAGAUUGUAGUUGGGAUCUUAACAUCCACGGAUACAUAUUGUAUUGAAAGAACAGGUAGCAAGCAGAGGGGGUGGGGUGGCUGUUUUGGUAAAACAAAAAUGAAAUCAAAUCUUUAGCAAGAGAUGACAUAGAUAUAGAAUCCAUGUGGUUAGAGAUAGGAAUUGUAAAGGUAAAAAGACCUGAUGGCAGUUGUACAGUAUACAGGCCUCUGGACAGUACCCAGGAUGUGGGAUACAAAUUACAACAGGAGAUAGAAAAGGCAUGUAAAAGGAGCAAUGUUACAAUAGUCAUGGAGGAUUUCAAUAUGUAGGUAGCUUGGGAAAAUCAGGUUGGUGCUAGAUCCCAGGAGAGGGAGUUUGUAGAAUACCCAUGAGAUUUUGUUUUUGGAGUAGCUUAUGGUUGAGCCCAAGAGGGAAAAGGCAAUUUUGGAUUAGGUGUUGUGCAAUGAAUCAGAUUAGGUUCAGGAGUUUAAAGUAAAGGGACCCUUAGGAAGCAGUGAUCAUAAUAUGACAGAACUGACUGUGCCGUUUGGGAGGGAAAAGCUGAAGAUAGAUGUGUCAGUAUUACAGUGGAGUCAAGAGAAUUACAGAGGCAUGAGAGAGGAGCUGGCCAAAGUCGGUUAGAAGGGGGCACUAGCAGCGAUCAUGGCAGAAUGCAAUGGCUCAUGUUUCUGAAGGCAAUUCGGAAGGAGCAGGAUGGAUACAGCCCAGGGCUGAAGGGAGGGUGUGGCUGACAAGGGAAUUCAAAGACAGCAUAAAAGCAAGAGAGAAGGUAUACAAUUUAGCAAAGACUUGUGUGAAGUUAGAUGAUUAGGAAGCUUUUAAAAAGAAACAGAAAGCCACUAAAAAGCCACAAGGAGAGAAAAGAUGAAAUAUGAAGGUAAGCUAGCCAAAAAAUUUUUUCAGAUAUAUAAAGAGUAAGGGAGAGGAAAGAGUGGAUAUUGAACCUCUGGAGAGGUAAUGGGGGCAAAGAAGUGGCAGACAAACUUAAUAGGUAUUUUGCAUCAUUCUUUACUUUGAAAGACAUUAGCAGAAUGCCAGAAGUUUGAGAGUGUCAGGGUGCAGAAGUGAGUGUAGUUGCUAUUACUAAGUAGAAGGUGCUUGGGAAGUUGAAAGGUCUGAAGGUAGAUAAGUCACCUGGAGCAGAUGGAUUACACCUAUGUUUCUGAAAGAGGUAGGUAAUGAGAUUGUGGAGGCAUUCAUAAUGAUCUUUCCAGAAUCACUAGAUCAUGGAAUGGUUCUGGAAGACUGGAAAGUUGCAAAUGUCAUUCCACUGUUUAAAAAGGGAGAGAGUAGAAGAGAGGAAAUUCUAGGCUAGUUAGCCUGACUUCAGUGCUUCGGAAGAUGUUGGAGUCCAUUAUCAAAGUGCAGGGUUUGGGAUAUUUGGAGGCACAUGAUAAAAUAGGCCAAAGUCAGCAUGGUUUCCUUAAGGGGAAAAUUUGCCUGACAAUUUUGUGGGAAUUCUUUAAGAAAAUAGCAGGCAGGGUAGACAAAGGGAAGUGGGUGGGACAUUGUUCGUUUGGAUUUUCAGAAUGCCUUUGACAAGCUCUGCACAUACAGCUGCCUUGCAAGAUAAGAGCCCAUGGUAUUACAGGAAAGAUCCAAGCAUGGAUAGAAGAUUGACUGACUAGCAGGAUGCAAAUGACUGAGAAUAAAGGAGCCCCUUAUUGGGUGGCUGCCAGUGACUAGCUGUGUUCUGUAGGGGUCUGUGUUGGGACGGCUUCUUUUCAUGGUAUAUAUCAAUGAUUUGGAUGACCGAAUUGGUGACAGGUAGAGAAAGGUAGUGUUGAGGAAGCAGGGAGUCUACAGAAGGACUUAGACAGAUUGGGAGAAUGGGCAAAGAUGUGGCAAGACAGAAUGUAGUAUAGGGAAUUUUAUGGGAUGCACAUCGAUAGAAAAAAUAAAGGCAUAGACUAUUUUCUAAGAGGGCAUGAUAUUCAAAAUUCAGAAGUGCAAAGGGACUUGGGAGUCCUUGUGCAGGAUUUCCUAAAAGCUAAUUUACAGGCUGAGCUGUUGGUAAGGAAGGCAAAUGUGAAAGUAAGAUUCAUAUCAAGAGGACUAGAAUAUAAAGGCAAGGACAUAAUGCCGAGAUUUUAUAAAGCACUGGUCAGACACACUUGGAGUAUUGUGAGUUUUAUGAGGAUUAUUCUAGGAAUGAAAGGGUUAACAUACAAGGGGCAUUUGAUGCUUGCUAGAGUUUAGAAGAAUGGGUGGGGAUCUCAUUGAAACAUAUCAAAUAUUGUAAGGCUUACAGACUGGAUGUGGAGAGGAUACUUCCUAUGGGGGAGUCUAGGACCAGAGGGUAUAGUCUAGAAUAGAGGGACAUCUACUUAGAACAGAGAUAAGGAGGAAUUCCUUUAGCCAGAGUGUAGUAGAUCUGUGGACUACUUCGCCUCAGGUGUCUGUGAAGGUAAGUCAUUGAGUAUAUUUAAAGCAGAUGUCGAUAGGAUCUUGUUUAGUCAGGUUAUCAACGGUUUUGGGGAGAAGUCAUGAGAAUGGUGCUGAGCGGGAGAAUAAAUCAGCCAUGAUGGAAUGGCGGAGCAUUCUUGAUUGGACCAAAUGUUCUAAUUCUGCUCCUAUGCCUUAUGGUUGCUUCUGCACGCCACUAUUGUAGCAUGUGGUUAUCUGAUUUACUGGUGCCUUCCUGUCAGUUUGAACCAGUCUGGCCAUUCUCCUCUGACUCUCUCAUUAGCAAGGCAUUUUUCCACGGAUCAGCUGCUCACUGGAUUUUUUUUUUUUGCACUACUCUCUGUAAAUGUUAGAAUUUGCUGUGUGAAAAUCCCAGGAGAUGAGCAGUUUCUGAGAUACUCACACCACCCCAUCUGGCACCAACAGUCAUUCCACAGUCAAAGACAAUUAGAUCAUAUUUGUUUCCCAUUCUGAUAAAAAUGGCAUCCAUCACCCAGGACAUGCCCUCUUCUCAUUGCUACACCAGAGAGGAGGUACAGGAGCCAGAAGACAUACACUCAACAUUUUAAAAACAGCUUCUUCCCCUCCACCUUCAUAUUUCUGAAUGGACAAUGACCUCAUGAACACUAUCCAUUUUUGUGGGUCUUUUUGUACUGCUUAUUUAUUUUAAAGUAUAUAUUUAUAGAACAUAGAGCAUUGAAUAGUACAGCACAUUACAGGCCCUUUGGCCCACAAUGUUGGGCUGACCCUCAAACCCUGCCUCCCAUAUGACCCCCCCACCUUAAAUUCCUCCGUAUGCCUGUCUAGUAGUCUCUUAAACUUCACUGGUGUAUCUGCCUCCACCACUGACUCAGGCAGUGCAUUCCACGCACCAACCACUCUCUGAGUGAGAAAUCUUCCUCUAAUAUCCCUCUUGAACUUCCCUCCCCUUACCUUAAAGCCAUGUCCUCUUGUACUGAGCAGUAGUGCCCUGGGGAAGAGGCGCUGGCUGUCCACUCUGUCUAUUCCUCUUAAUAUCUUGUACACCUCUAUCAUGUCUCCUCUCAUCCUCCUUCUCUCCAGAGAGUAAAGCCCUAGCUCCCUUAAUCUCUGAUCAUAAUCCAUACUCUCUAAACCAGGCAGCGUCCUGGUAAAUCUCCUCUGUACCCUUUCCAAUGCUUCCACAUCCUUCCUAUAGUGAGGCGACCAGAACUGGACACAAUACUCCAUAUAUUAUCAUUUAUUGUAUAUUUUAUAUAUUGCAUUGUAUAGCUGAAAAACAACAAAUUUCACGAUGUAUGUCGGUGAUAGUAGAUCUGAUUCUGACCGUCCUUCAGUUUCCUCUCUGUUUCUGCCUGGCUGCUUCAUUCUUCUACCAAGUCAUGAUGAUGCCUCCUAGCUACCGGAAGCUGGAUCCUCAGCCCCCGAGAUUUCACACCAGACCCCUGGGAGUGGAUGCAAAUACCUUGAACAAUUGGAUUCCCUGGUUUAACUUUGUCCUGGAUUGUUCAGACCUUUACCGCCAGGGCUUUCACACAAGUGGCGUUUAUAGGAUCUACCCCUCUGGACCAUUCCUUCCACUCAGUGUUUACUGUGACAUGGAGAGUGACGGUGGAGGCUGGACUGUGUUUCAGAGAAGAAUGGAUGGCUCUGUUGACUUCUACAGAGGAUGGGACAACUACAAAAAAGGCUUCGGGACAGCGGACGGUCUGCAGAACAUACAUUUGUUAACAGCAAGGAGGAAUUAUGAGCUAAGAAUUGACAUGGAGGACUUUGAGAACCAGACUGUCCAUGCCAAGUAUAAGCAGUUUGCAGUGGCCCCCGAUUCCAUUCACGCUGAAGGAAAUGGCUACACUCUCCUAGUUCAGGGAUUCACUGAUGGAGGAGCAGGAGACUCGUUGGUCUAUCAUAAUGGGCUCAAAUUCAGCACGUUUGACAAGAAUCAAGAAGGCCCCAUAAACUGUGCGCAGAAGAACUCAGGAGCCUUUUGGUACAAGUCAUGCCACACGGUAAACCUCAAUGGCCUCUAUUUAAGGGGACCCCAUGCUUCCUACGCCAAUGGAAUCCAUUGGGCCACAUGGACUGGGUAUUAUUACUCCCUCAAAGCCACUGCUAUGAAAAUGAGGCCAACCUCUGUGGGGUAGAAGGUGCUAGAACAAAUUUCAGUCUCCAGUUUACAUCCCACAGUCCUUGUGUUCCAUUCUCAUUAAAGUUCAAAUUUGAAUGUGAAUUUUAUUACGAAUAAACUCUUCUCGGGCUUCCAUCCAGAUACGCUAUCGAUGUUAACCGAUGUUUCAGUGACAAACUCUGCCGUCUUCAUUGGGAAUGGCAGAGAUUGUCAUCGAAACAUCGGUUAUAGUCGAUAUCCGUACCCAGCUGGAAACCUGAGAAGAAUUUGUUUGUUAUUUAAACAGGAAAUGCACUAGAUCCUUAUUACUUUGUUAUAUUAAAACCACUUUGCAGUUUUGCUGAUGUCCUGUGUGGGCUAAAAGAAGCCACAACAAUGUGUGCGUCCCUCGGUGUCCUAACUGCAUUAUCAUACUGAAGCAUAAAGUCCUCCUUCCUCUCCCCUCAGAUGCCGCCUGACCUGCUGAAUGCUUCUUGGGUUUUGAGUUAAUGCUACGAUUCAGGUUGUCGUUCGCUGUGGUACACCAGGUGGCAACAUCGCUGUUUCUUUAGCGUUUGUCUGUUCUUACGAGGCUGAGUUGCUAGUUCAACGCUCAACCUAGUACGGAUGGAAAGCAUACAAGGGGCCGGCUGGAUUCGAACCCGCGACCACUCGCCUCGGAGUCUGGCGCAGGUGCCACUCCACCACCGGCCGGCUGUAUGAUUCAGAUAGAUGCAAAGCCAGAAGCCGUCAAACUGGAUUCCCCCUUCAUUUAACUACACUCACUGGAGAUAUUGUUCUUUGGAUAAAUUCUUAGAUUCAGGUUAAUAUUAUUAUUUGUUUGUUCUGCUCACCUUGAGAUCUUUGUGGGAGUUUUCCCUUCCUGUUCUGCGAGUGGCAGCUGUUCCAAGCUCCUGUACUGUGGAAGAAGAACAUUCACGGAGACCCCCAGCACCGUGAUCUGAGCGUAGCUGAAGGAUGCGCUGUUGAAGCGUGGCCCAUGCUGCAAUGCGGGGAAAACAGCUGUUAACUGGUGCACGGCAAGAUCCCAGCAAUGGUGUGACCGUCAAGUAGUUGAUGAGAGUUUGACGGCACCUCGACACCAGCGUGGUUUGUGGGGCUCAUACACAAGGGCCAAAUUGUUACAUGUUAAUGCUUCCAGGGUGUGAAGGUGGGGCUUGCACAGAGAAAGAGAGGAUGGGACUUGAGUAGGAAUGAAUGGGAGCCUUGGUGAGGCCUGGAGUUUGGUGGCUAGUUGGGUGGGUAAUGUUAGACCAGACAGAGUUGGCUAGAUGGACCACGCUGAGCUACAGAAGGAAAUUAUGGGAGUGGGACCCCAAGGACUUCACAAGAAGGUGGGGGCACAGUGACAGUGAGCUUACCCACAAGAUUAUAGACACAGGCUUCUGCAUCUUCUGCCUGGGGGGUGGUAUUUGAUCAUAUUGGCUGUUUUACUGAGGCAGCAAGAAUUUCAGACUGAAUUCAUGGGGAAGGGGGUAUUUUUGGCUUGUGUAUACAUCGCAUUCGGUUUUGGAAACCCUGAAAGGAAGCUGGUAGGGUAAGGGUCAUUCUGUCAGAGACUGCAGCUGUCCUGAACCCACAGGCCUGCACUUUGCUCAAGAGUUUUGCAUAAACGUAAAUACUUUACAAGUCAUUUGAAAUGCAUAGCCUCUGUAUUAGUGCAAGUCUCAUGUAGUGAGCAUGCAGAUGAAUUUGCUUAGGUACAUGAUGUACUGUAUAUAUAAAGAUCCCAUUUGCAUUCAAUGAUUAUGCUUCAAAUCAUACUUUCUUCUCUAACUAAAUAUUGAGAUAUUUAAGAGAAUACAUCUCCCAAUUUGUCUUAAUGAAAACAACAAAAAAAUCUCCAAAUGCUAGAAAUCUGAAAUAAAACUAAAAAAAAAUCUGGAUUCAGCAGGUCAAGCAGCAUACGUGGAGAGAGAAUUAGUGUAAUUAGUUGAGGUAUAAAUGUUGAGCACAACUAUCUUAUCCCUUUCAAAAUAGUGCCAGAGGAAUGGUUAAUAGUAUUUCCCAAGGAUGAGACAUCAUAAUUUGCAGCAGCAGCUAAGUGAGACAAACUAAACAUCAGCCAGUGAUAAGCUUCCGGACACCGCUUGAACCGUCUGCCUCAGGGUUAAAGAUGCCAUCAUCAACAGCACAGGAGCACCUACUGGUUACAGGGUAACCACCUGGAAUGGCUGACUGAUUGAAUGCUAGCCAAUCAAGUGGUAACUAAUCAAAUACUAACCAAUCAAAAUGCACUGUGGAAUUACCAUUUUAAAAAUAAAUGUGGAAGCUGCUUUGCCAUUGCGGAAACAUUGGUACAAAAGAAAACUUUGCUUAAAUAAAAAAAUGAUGGAUUGACUCCAUGGAUGAUGUAGGAUGGGUUGAAUGCUUCUAUUUGUGACUUAAAUUAACAUACCAGGUAAUACACUCAGUGCCACUUUAUGAAGUUCACCUAUACACCCGCUCAACAAUGCAAAUCUCUAAUGAGCCAAUCGCAUGGCAGCAAAUUAAUGUAUAAAAGCAUGUAGGCAUGGUCAAGAGGUUCAGCUGUCCAGAUCAAACAUCAGAAUGAGGAAGAAAUCUGGUCAAAGAGACUUUGACUGCAGAAUGAUUGUUGGUGCCAGAUGGGGUGGUUUGAGUAUCUCAGAAACUGCUGGUCUCCUGGAAUUUUACACACACCAGUCACUAGGUUUACAGAGAAUGGUGCAAAAAACAAAAGUCAUCCAAUAAGCAGCAGUUCUGUGGAUGGAAACACCUUGUUAAUGAGAGAGGUCAGAGGAGAAUGGCCGGACUGGUUCUAGCUAACAAGAAGACAGCAUUAACUCAAAUAACCACACAUUACAACAGUAGUGUGCAGAAGAGCAUCUCUUAACACAUAACACAUCGAAUUUUGAAGUGGAUGUCCUGGCCACACUGGCAUCCUCUCCUGUGGCUACUUUAUUUGAUAUAUUCCUGAACUUACUAAAAUGGCCACUAAGUGUUCACUAUGUUUCAGGAGAGAGACCCUUAUUCUCUCCAGAAGUCAUUUUUUUUCCACCAAUGGAUUUCUUUUUCGGACUUUAUUUUUGUUCCUGGUGCUCUGCUGUUACCUAGAUCUACAGUAUAUACGAACAAUGGAGCCAAUUCCAGAUUCAGGGUGGGGGUACUGUGUAAAAGGGCCUCUAGGUUAUCAGGACUUGUAUCCAAGAUGUCUUAAAAGAUUGUGUAGGACUCAGAGCACUUCAUGUCACAGAGCUGUGGUUACAUUAGCAUGUUUCUAUUUAUAUUUCUAGUUAUUUUUCUGUCUUCCAGUAGUUUCUCCCCUUCCCCUUCUCUCCUUUUCCAUUUCCCAUUCUGGCUCCCCUCUUGCCCCUUCCGUUCUUCGUACCUGUCCAUCACCUCCCUCUGGUGGCCCUUCAACUUCCUGUAUUCCAAUGAUGCACUCUCUUCUCCUAUCAGCUUUCUUCUUCUUCAGCCCUUUACCUUUCCACCUAUCACAUCCCAGCUUCUAGCUUCAUUCCCCCCCUCCCCAUCACAUGGCUUCACCUAUCUUCUGCCAGCUUGUACUCCUCCUCCCCCUGCCAUUACCUACCAACCUUCUUAUUCCAGCUUCUUCACCCUUCCCUUCCAGUCCUGAUAAAGGGUCUUGGCCUGAAAUGUCGACUCUUUAUUUUCCUCCGUGGUUGCUGCCUGACUUGCUGAGCUUUUCCUGCACUUUGUGCGUUGGUCUUCAUUUCCAACAUCUGCAUAAUCUCUUGUGUUCGGUCUACAGACUUCCAUUAAUAAGCUGAGGCCAAGUGUUCAAAAAUAAUCAUUUGAAUGAACCAGACAGUAAAUCAAAAAGAGGCAAAAAAGGUUUUCUUCAAUGGAACUGAAUUUUGAUAGCAGUAAAUUUCAUGUUGGCACAAUGAUAGAGCUGCUGCCUCUCACCUCUCGUGACCUGGCUUCACACCUCAACUCAGCUGCUGCCUGUCUGGGUGGAGUUUGCACAGUCUCCCUGUGAACUCGUGGGUUUUCCAAGACAUGCAGCUUGGUAGGCCGUAAGCACAAGAGUUUCUGCAAGUGCUGGAAAUCUUGAGCAACGCACAAAAAGUGCUGGAGGAACUCAGCAAGUCAGGCAGCUCUCAUGGAGGGGAAAUGAUUCGAGCCAAGACCAUCGCCCCUAUUUUGCAGAUGAAAAAUGGAGCUGGUGUUGGCUGCAUAAACGAUGGAUUGAGCUAGAAUUGGUGUAAAAGUAGGUCCUGGUCCCAACCCUCGUUGAUUCAGCAAUAAGAAUUAAUACUUAUUUCAAGAUUCUGCUUGACCUACUGACUUCUCAAAGGUUAUUCAUGUGUUUACUUUAACUCUACGUAAUCAUCAGCAUGAUGAUUUACUGUACAGGUGACCUGGGUUCAAUGCCUGCUACCAGCAGUAAGGAGUUUGUACGUCUUCUCCGUGACCAUGUGGGUUUCCUCCAGGUGCUCUGGUUUUCUCCCACAGUCCAAAAAUGUGCUGGAUGGUAGGUUAAUUGGUCAUUGUAAUUGUCCCGUGACUAGACUAGGAUUAAAUGAGGGGCUGCAGAGGAACGUAACUCAUAUUUAUGCCAUAGGGGGAGUACAGAGAAGGUUCACCAGAUUGAUUCCUGGGAUGGCAGGACUUUCAUAUGAAGAAAGACUGGAUAGACUAGGCUUAUACUCACUGGAAUUUAGAAGAUUGAGGGGGGAUCUUAUUGAAACGUAUAAAAUUCUAAAGGGAUUGGGCAGGCUAGAUGCAGGAAGAUUGUUUCCGAUGUUGGGGAAGUCCAGAACGAGGGGUCACAGUUUAAGGAUAAAGGGGAAGCCUUUUAGGACCGAGAUGAGGAAAAACUUCUUCACACAGAGAGUGGUGAAUCUGUGGAAUUCUCUGCCACAGGAAACAGUUGAGGCCGGUUCAUUGGCCAUAUUUAAGAGGAAGUUAGAUAUGGCCCUUGUGGCUAAAGGGAUCAGGGGGUAUGGAGAGAAAGCAGGUACAGGGUUCUGAGUUGGAUGAUCAGCCAUAAUCAUACUGAAUGGCGGUGCCGAAGGGCUGAAUGGCCUACUCCUGCACCUAUUUUCUAUGUUUCUAUGUAAGGCCGUAAGGGCCUAUCCCGCGCUGUAUCUCAAUAAAUAAAUCUGCCAUGUCUACCUCUGAAAUCUGUUGCAACCUACUAAGUACAGUAACUCCAGUCAAGAAUGGCAGUUUUAGAUCUUUCGACUGUUUCCCUGGAUCUGAGCUGCCUGGUACAUUUCACACACCUAUAGUAUACUGAUCUCCCACAUCAAGAUCGUUAGUCCUAACUGCAGAGAGUUGUGGACACAGCUCAGCACAUCACAGAAAUCAGCCUCCCCUCCAUGGACUCUGUGCCUACACUUCUCACUGCCUCAGUGAAGCAGCUGACAUACACAGAGACCCCACCCAUCCGGGGCAUUCUCUCUUCUCUCUCAUCUCCUGUCAGGCAGAAGAUACCAGAACCCAAAAGCACAAACCUGCAAACUCAAGGACACUUGUUAUAAGGCAAUUGAAUGGUUCUGCAUUGUGAUAAAAUGUCCUCUUGACCUCAAAAGCUACCUUGUUAUGUUCUUGUACUUUACUGUCUGUCUGCACAGAACCUUCUCUGUAAUGGAACACUUUGUUCUGGAGAAGGGUCUCGGCCCAGAAUGUCGAUUCAUUUCCAUAGAUGCUGCCUGACUUGCUGAGUUCCUCCAGCAUUUUGUGUGUGUUGCUCUGGAUUUCCAGCAGCUUCAGGCUGUUUUGCGUUUACCCUUUGUUCCGCAUUCUGCUGUUGCUUUCCCACGUACUGCGCCGAUGAAUUGAUCUGUAUGGUAGGUGAGUUUUUCACUGUAUCUUGGUGCUUGUGACAAUAAUAAACCAAUUUAAUUACCCAACUUAUAUAUUCAUUGGUUUUGAAAGAACUCAAAUGUCAAAGUUCCAAACCAUUUGAAGCUUUAU